GAAAGUUGAGCCGGUUGAACUGUUUGUUUACAUCCCAAGCUAGCAAUGUCCACCCACGAAACGGACCGGUCCGAGGUGUGCCGCAUCUGCACGGUUUUGACCGCGCCGGAAGCGUCCUCGAACCUGUUCGAGUGUCGCGUCGCCGACGGGUACAGCCUCGCCGAGGUGGUGGCCCUCGUCGGGGACAUCGCGGUGCGCGCGGACGAGACCGGCCUGUCGGCGUGGUGCUGCUUCCAAUGUCAGAUGGACGUGGAAAUGGCCUAUCGGGUGCGGGUGCUGUGCCAGCAGUCGGACCGGCAGCUGCGCGAAAUGCUGGAGGCUGCGGUGGUGAUGGAACCGGAAGGGACGUUCGAGCUCGGUGCGGUCUGGAAGAUGGAGGUGGAGGAGCCCGCGCUGGGGGAGAUGAUGUACGAGGAGAAUCAUGGGGAGCAGAUCGAUUACGAUGAGGAAGCAGAGGCGGAGUUGCUAGAUCUCGAAGAGGAAUCUUCCAAUUCUCAGCAGGACAAAUCAAUGUUAGCGGAUGUUUUCGAAGAAAUUCCAAACACCAAAAAACGUUGCUGCGGAUGCCAUAAGCUCUUCGACAGCGUUGAAGAAAUACUUGAACAUAGCAAGAGAGAGCAUGCGGUGAUAAACCCACCGAAAGCUACAAAGGACAGAGAUGUUUGCGACAUCUGCUUCCGGUUUAUGGAAAAACGAUAUCUGGAGUCACACAAAGAGACGCCCAAGACAUUGUUCCGCUGUAGGACUUGUGGUGAACAUUUCUUCACCCAGAAACAGGUCACCAGGCAUUAUUUCAACGAGCAUGCUUCCACGAAAACUUGCUGCGGUUGUGAACUAACGUUCGACACGGAGGAAGACCUCCGGUUGCACUCGGACCAGGUCCAUCUGCCGCACAAGGGUCAGGUGGAUAAGGAGAAUCCCAACCAGUGCAAUAUCUGCUACCAGACCUUUAGUUCCGAUCUUGGACUGUACAUCCAUCGAAGCCGUCAGGGGAGUACCGAAGAGAAACAGAAGUACAAGUGUUCGCAAUGUCCGAAACAGUUGUCGACACAGGAAGCGCUACAAUUCCACGAGUACGGCCACCAGAACCCGUUCUCCUGGAAGUGUACACGCUGUGCCGAGGUGUUCACCGAUUACAGCACGUACAAGACACAUGCGAGCACCCACAAGGCGCCAAGGCUUACCUACGUUUGCGAAACGUGCGGUUUAGAGUUCCGGUAUCAGAUACUCCUACACAAACAUGAGGCCACUCACGGUGGCCCAAAAAAGUUCAACUGUCAGCACUGUCCCUCUAGCUAUACCCAAAAACGUCAACUGACCAGACAUAUGAACAAAGUCCACCAGGACAUCCAAACAUCAACGCUGGAGGGAGAUUGUAACUCCAGCGAGAAAGAAGCUGACGAUGACCUGGACAGCAUGCUGGACCCUGAGCAACCAAAAGCACCGGAAAUCUAGAAUCUUAAAUCGCUGUAAGACCAUACCAGAUAAUAAAGAACUUUCGGAUCCAUAACAAACCAAGU